AUGGGAAAAACAACGCCACCUCCAAAAACAAAUUCAAUUACUAGUCAGAAGACAAGAAAAUCAGAUUCAUCGAUUACCAAACAAUCAUCCGCAAGUGCAACACAACGCCGAGGGAAUGGGAAUAGUAACAGUACACAGCGGGCGAUAGCGUGGACAGUGCAGGAUAAGGAAAACGCCACCAACCAUACAAAACCAUCAAGUGACAUUAGUGACGACGAAACGAUGGAAUCUGGUACAGCUGUGUACAAAAAGCCUCGAAAGUCAUCAGCUGUUCAUGAAUAUGCGGAGAAAUUUUCACCGAACGAAUAUCAAUGCAAGAUAUGCGCAAAGAUUAUUCGUUGUACCGUCGAUACGAAUAGCAACAUUCGACGACAUCUAGCGUUAAACCACGGUAAAGUACAAUUGGCUUGUAAGAGUCAUCGAUCCUCGCGUAUGACAAUUUCUCUCGAGAAGAGAAAACGAUUCGACGAAGCAGCUCUUAACUGCAUCAUUACCGACACUCGAUGCUGGAAUGAUUUCAAGCGACCUGGGAUGGCUAGCUUUCUUUCAAUCGUGGUUCCUGGAUAUAUCGGUCCGUCAAGUCGAACAGUUCAGCGGAGGUUAGCAAAACUUUAUCUACAGAAGCAACAUGAUUUCAAAAACGAAUUAAAUGAAGUCGAAAAUGUAUCAAUUACUACCGAUCUAUGGCAAAGCGCUCGAUCUCACCAUUAUCUAUGCAUAACUGUUCAUUGGCUCAAUUCCAAGUAUCAAACGAAUGCAAAAGUUCUCAGCUUUCGCAAAUUCAAAGGCCGUCAUCUUUCGAUUCGUAUACGUCGUCACAUUAAAAGAGUUUUGGACGAUUUCAAUCUUAUAAAUAAGAUCGUUGCGACAACAACUGACAAUGGUUCAAACGUGAAAGCGGCUACGAGUCAAGUUCGUCUGUUUGGCAUCCGUCUCCAUUGUAUGGCACAUGCGCUGAAUCUGACUAUUCACAAAGGUUUACACCUCUGGGCGAAAAAGAAUUCAACUCUGCAGCAAAAUAGUAGUUCACAGAAUGAAAAUGAGCCAGUCGAUUCUAACGACGAUGCAUCGGAUGAUGAUGUUUUGAACGAACCCGAUGAAGAACCAAAUGAAUCAAACUGCAACAGUGAUGAGGAAGAUGAAGCCGAAGAAUUCGAUCAAGAUGAUGACUCUUCAUCGUCAUCGACAGAUGCUGAAGAUGAUGAGAGCGAUUCUUCAUCGGCAACUCUUAUGAAUGGCAUCACCAAUUUAAUGGAAAGAUGUAGAAGUAUCGUUGUAACCAUUCGGAAAUCCAGUAUUCUUCAUGAGUUCAUUCAAACUCUUGCUGAUGAGUCGUCCAUUAAAGCUGGUCUUAUUAUUGAUAUGCGAGUGCGUUGGAACUCAACUUUUAAAAUGUUGCAACGAAUAAUACUCUAUCAAUCUAUUCUUAACAAGUUAUAUGAACAACUCGAUUCUUUGGCAGGUGUUACUGGUCUUCAACGGAAAAAACUUUUGAACGCGAAGCUAACUGGGAACGAUUGGACUUUAGCACAGGUGCUUCGACGUGUUCUUGAAAGGUUCGACGAUGCGACAAGAGUUUUGUCUGGACAAAGAUAUCCAACUUUAUCUUUUUCGUAUGCAAUCACGUUCAGCUUACUGCAUUAUUUAAAUAGUCAAUCAGUUGACAACCUCGAGAACCAAGUGAAAGCAUUACUUCUAAACUCUUACAACCAAUACAUGAUCCGUGAUGGCAAAGAGAUGGCAGUGAUUCGAGUUGCAGCAUUGCUUGAUCCAGUCAUACACGAUUUACUUACACCUGAAGAUAAACAUGCAGCUGAAUCUUCCAUUGCCAAAGAGAUCAACGAGAAACGUCGUUCAAAUAGUACAUUGACGUCUGUUACAUCGGUUACUACAUCAAAUACGAAUACAGAUACAAGUACACAGUCAACAACAUUACCGUUGGGCAAUCUAUCGAAAAGUUCGUCGGUUAUCCACAGUUUCUUAAACAAAUGUGGUGUANNNNGUUUCAAAAUAAUUCUAUUCAUGUUUUAA